UUUAUGGCGCACUCUCAUACAGUAUAUCCUCAUAACCCUUGCAAAUAAGAAUAGCGCCCCAGUCAACUGUCAUUGGUGAGCGUAUCACAUGCCGCUAGUGGAGGUGUUCGAUGUUCGAUGUUCGUGUUCAGGUGAGCUCAUACAGUUAGUUAUACAGUCCUUAUCCGCUACUUUCAUGAGCCACGGAGAGGAGGACCUGGGACACAGCUGGCCCAUCGUGGUAUACUUUCCCGCACUCCAGGGAAGAGCACGGACAGGGCAGAGGCAGGACAGUGAGAGGACGAGGCAUCAGAGGACAACAACACGGAGAGCGGACACAGCCGAACCCAACGCGACAUGGAGAUGACAACCCGCAAUUUGCACCUCGACUCCAAAGUUGACAAUUGCGAUGGAGUGAUCAACAGAAAUGGCGGGGACAUGACGGAGAUAUCUGUGCCUCUGUCCCACUCUGGGAAGCGUAUGCCUCAAAUCGAGGGGGGCAAUCUUUAUAGAUUGCGAGAUAGAAAAGUUUUAUUGGAGAACAAAAAGUGUCUGUGCGCAUGGGCUCUAGGCACUGCGCUGGUUGGGACACUGCUCAUGAUACUGCACGCGGAGCUGUGUCCGUUUAUUUACCAACCGGGCUCCCGCUACGCCUUUAUCAUCAACUGCUCCAUCAGCAUAUCCACUGGGUGUCUUCUGAUUCUCAUCGUAGCCUUCCAUUAUAAAGACAUUAGGCUCUUCAUCAUUGACCACAACCAGGUGGACUGGCGCAUCGCCAUGACAAGCCGCAGGGUGCUGGGCAUCUCCCUGGAGCUGCUGGUCUGUGCCAUCCAUCCUGUGGGCACCUACUGGGAGGUGGGCAUCCCUGCACCCAUCGCCAGGGAGGGGGUAGAGGUCAACUCCUCCAACUCGGCGCCGCUGUGUGUGUCCUCCCGCCACGGGGAGGUGCUGUUGGACACAGAGCUGCUACUGUCGGCACUGAUGUUCCUCAGGCUGUACCUGGUCCACAGGACGAUCCUACUGCACAGCAAGGUGCUGCUCAGUGCCUCCUAUAGGAGUAUCGGCUCGCUCAACAACAUCAACUUCACGUUCCGCUUCGUGCUCAAGGUGCUGAUGAACAAGUACCCGGCGCGCACGCUGAUGGUGUUCAUCUUCUUGUUCUGGCUCAUCGCCUCCUGGAUGCUCACGCUGUGUGAGAGGCAGACACAGGAGGAGACUGGUCGUAUGGACACAGCUCUCUGGCUCAUUGCCAUCACCUUCCUCACCGUGGGAUACGGGGACGUGUCCCCCAAAACCAGCUGUGGCAAAGUGGUGUGCCUCUUCACCGGAGUCAUGGGUGUGGCCUGUACCGCCAUGCUGGUGGCCGUCAUGACCAAGAAGCUGGCACUGAACAAAGGAGAGAAACACGUUCACUUCUUCAUGAUGGACAUCCAGAUCUCCAAACGGAUCCGCCAUGCUGCUGCCAACGUGCUGAGGGAGUGUUGGCUGCUGCACCGCACCAACCUGACCAAGGGCAACAGUGGAGAGCACCGCAGACACCAGAGGUGCCUACUGGAGGCCAUCAGAGUAUUCCGGCACCUGCGCCUUAAACAAAGGAAGCUGAGAGAUUACGCCAGUGAGAUGGUCGACCUGCCCAAGAUGCAGAUGAUCAUGUGCGACUUGAGUGCGAACUGGAACAACUCUUACCGGGAGCUGGAGCAGCGUAUCAUCUCCAUGGAGCAGAAGUUAGAUGAGCUAAGCCACUGCUUCCAACAGACCUCUGAGCUGCUGGCACAGGCCCUGUGCUACCGCAACCCUGAAAUCAGGUGACUCGUGGCUGUGUGGUGGUUGGGUGAACCACACUCGCUGCAGGCCUUUCCCAAAGACUAAAUAUGGAUGCUACCAGCCUUCUGUAAUUUCCAUCAGACCGGGAUGGGAAUCCUCUUCCCCCCCCAAAGCUGCAUUUAACAUUUGGCCUGCUGCACCACUUGGACUACUGCCAGGACCACGGCUGG